UUACAUUAUUGAUGAGAGAGCAUAGAACAAUCACACGGCUUCCAACGUACAAGAAACUGCCUCUCUCUCUCUCUAACUUUCUCUCUCUAAACUGACCUCGUCUGGUUGAGGACAAACUGGGCUUCGAAUUGGAUGGCCAAUUUGGUUUUGUCUAAGCUGUGAAGGCUCUGAUUAUCUGAGUUUUUGCUUCGGAGGAUUAAUUGUGGAUCAAUCUUCUGUCUCAUCCUUCAUUGAAUCUGCCUGCAUUUUCUUUUCCAAUUCUGUUGCGGGUGCAACGGUUUUUGGGUGUAUUUAUGGCUGUCACAUUUACACAUUUGUCUUGGUGGUUGUGGAGUGGAAAGCAUCAAGAGCCUAAAAUAUCCAAUGGGUCUUCUUUGAAUUCUUCACCCGAUUCGGGCAUGUUGGAACUGGAUACGGUUAAAUUCCCUUUGGUUAGUAGGGGAAAUAUGGCUCCCCCAUCUAGAAGGGUUAAGCGAAGAUGGCAUAGUCGGGAAGAACGAAAAAUUGACAGGGAAUAUGAUGUUGUUCUGGUGCCAUCAGAUGGAGGAUGUGUGUCUGGGUCCGAGUCCGAUGACUCGGAUUGGUCCAUAGGAUGGUUGGAGCCUCACGGCCCUGGUUUCCAGAGCGAUGAUGAUUCAGAGGAUAGUUAUGCUGUGCUGGUUCCUUGCUAUGGACGUGGUCACGAGGAUAUGGAGGAGAAUUCAAAGGCCAGAUUUUGGGAUACCAUUGGCAUAGGGAACAUCCCUGAUAUUUAUGAUAAUGAGGGCAAGAAGUAUAUGGAACAGUGGCUCUCUUCUCUCCAGAAUAGCUGACAUCAAGAGUGCUCUUGGUCUAAAUAUCAGAUCUUUGUUACACCGUCUGUUCUCCUUGGUUAUCUUUGAGACGAACUUAUUCCAUUAUCUUUGUCACUGCAAUUGAAAGAGAAGAAGGAGAAAUCUAUAAUAAUAAAAAUUAAAUAAAAAAAAAAAAAAAAAAGAGGAGGGAAAAAAAAAAAAAAAAAAAAAGACUGGUUUAUUGUAAGAUUACUAGUAGAAGAGGAUUGGCUUAUGUUGGUGUUCCAGCUAAUAUUUUCUGGAGAAGAAUGAGCAGAAGAUUGCGGAAUCAUGGUGCCUGAAAAUCAUUUGCAUCCAGAGUUAACUGCAAAGUAAUGACCCCUGGUUAUCUCCAGAUUGAUGUAAGGUGUGAAUACCGUGUGAUAUGAACUGCCAAGCAAAAAGGAAAAAAAAGGAAAAAGAAAAGUAGGCUUGUGUUUAUGCGUGGUUGAUUGCAUAUUCUUUGAUGUAAAUAUGGUUGGUUGUGUAUAUAAAAAGUAGGUUGAUGCUGUAUUUUAUUGUCACUGUAAAUAUUCUGAACAUCGAAAAAGAAAAAAGAAAAAAAUUGACUGUAAAUAAUAUGACUAUGUAUUAUGUUGUUACUGCUGUAAAUAAAAUCUCUGCUGUUGAUAACUGUAAAUAA